AUGGCGCAAAAAGAAAUUGAUAUCUUGCCUUUCGAGGACUACAAGCUACCGCCAUUAGGACAUGCUAUUUCAGGCGCUGUCGGAUCCACUAUUGCCAACCUGUUCAUCUAUCCAUUAGACAUAUCCACGACUCGACUUCAAUUAAAGGGAGAUGAUGAUAAAAAGCAGGGCAUUUUAGAAACCAUCAAGGACAUUUACUUGAAGGAGGGAGGAUUGAAAGGCUUGUACGCUGGAUUGGACUCUGAUACGUUAGCAACUGUGUUAUCCAGCUUCAUCUACUUUUACUGCUACACUGCACUGAGAAAUAUCCAAGAAAAGAUGAACACAAAUAUGGGUAAAUCAUCGGCUCAAUUGAAUGUCGCUCAAGAGCUGUUUCUGGGCGCUGAAGCUGCCUUGAUCUCAAGAUUCUUCACUACGCCUGUAUCCAAUGUCACAACCCGUCUUCAAACUGCUGGACACAACGAAAAGGGAUUCAAGAAAACGGCGCUGGAGAUCUUAAAGGAGAAGGGAGUAACAGGUUUUUGGACAGGCUAUCGUGCCUCCAUUGUGCUGGUGUCAAAUCCAUCGAUUACCUACUUUGUGUUUGAGAAGGUGAAGGCUCUUUAUAUGCGUGCACAAAAGAAAUCAAGUUUGACAGGCCUUGAGGUCUUUCUAUUCUCUGCCUUGUCAAAGAGUGUUGCUACCAUGAUCACAUAUCCAUUCAUCUUUUUGCGCACAAAAAUGAUUGGAAACAAGGACGGAAAGCAAAAGGGCAUGCUUGAAACAUUGAAACAUGUUAUUCAGAAGGAUGGUGUGCUUGGUCUCUAUAAGGGAAUGCAAGCUCAGCUCAUCAAGGGGUUUUUUAACCAAGGUAUCAUGUACAUGAUCAAGGACUACGUUGCUGCCUAUUUGGCUCUCGUGUUUUAUCAAUCCUACAAGCUUAGAAUGAGAGCCAAACUAGGUUCUGCCAUUUAA